CUCUUUCAGCACCACUCCUUUAAGGACAGCACCUCGCAGUCAAAGACGCAUUUUGUCCACACCAUCCUCUCGCCUCAGGAUCAUAUGUCUCUGGCUCUGCUUUCGUCGGAUUGAAAGUUUUCACACCGCUUUUCAUCUGUGAAAGUGCGGGGAGGAAACUUAUUAAAUUCGGAUUCCCCGUUUGGAAACACAUCCGGAAAGGAAAAGGAUUGUAUUGGUCGCUGGAUCGCCACUAAGGUGCCUCCGCUUCUGUCCCUAACUACUGCCACUGCCCCGAUUAUUCGUCUCCGCUCGGCAGCUGUCUGGGCGCUGGGUGAACAGGACGAAGAAGCUACUGCUUGUCUGGACCGGUGCUGAAACCCCCUCGCCUCCACUGGUCAGGACUAUCGGACACGCACAUUGAUCAUGGCCACCAACGGGACCAAAGCCUCGGACGGACUCGUCUUAACGGAGACGGUGAAUGACGCGCCCACCAACACGCCAAACGACAAACCCAAAACCUUGGUGGUGAAAGUGCAGAAGAAAAAGGAGAUACCGGAGAGGGAAACGUGGGCUGGGAGAUUUGACUUUCUUCUCUCGUGUGUCGGAUACGCAAUCGGACUCGGGAAUGUCUGGAGAUUUCCUUAUUUAUGUGGAAAAAACGGAGGAGGGGCCUUCUUGAUUCCUUACUUUUUGACCCUCAUAUUUGCUGGCAUGCCUCUGUUCUUACUGGAGACGGCUCUUGGUCAGUACACUUCUAUUGGAGGGCUUGGAGUGUGGAAACUGGCUCCCAUGUUCAAAGGUGUGGGUCUGGCUGCUGCUGUUCUGUCCUUCUGGCUCAAUAUCUAUUACAUUGUAAUCAUUUCCUGGGCUAUUUACUAUCUGUAUAAUUCCUUCACUGCUGACCUGCCAUGGCAGACUUGUGGAAAUCCCUGGAACACUGAGCGCUGCUUUACCAACUACAGCAUUGCAGACAGCAGGAACUUAACCAGCGCUGUGGUGGAGUUCUGGGAACGCAACAUGCACCAGAUGACCGAUGGUUUGGAGAAGCCUGGGGAGGUCAGGGUCCCAUUGGCUAUCACACUCGCCAUUGCAUGGGUGCUCGUCUAUUUCUGUAUCUGGAAGGGGGUCAGCUGGACUGGGAAAGUGGUGUACUUCUCAGCCACAUACCCUUACUUCAUGCUGUUUAUCCUGUUUUGCCGUGGAAUCACUCUACCGGGUGCAAUGGAUGGGGUCCUCUUCUAUAUCACACCAGAUUUUAACAAACUGAAGGAGUCUGAGGUGUGGCUGGACGCUGCCACUCAGAUCUUCUUCUCCUAUGGGCUGGGAUUAGGCUCUCUGAUCGCACUUGGAAGCUACAAUCCCUUCCACAACAACGUGUACAGAGAUUCUGUCAUUGUGUGCUGCAUCAACUCCUUCACCAGCAUGUUCGCUGGCUUUGUCAUCUUCUCUAUCGUGGGAUUCAUGGCCAAUGUGACAAAGAGGCCUAUCGCUGAUGUGGCAGCCUCAGGGCCUGGCCUGGCAUUUUUGGCUUAUCCUGAGGCCGUCACCCAGCUGCCCAUCUCUCCCCUCUGGGCCAUUCUCUUUUUCUCCAUGCUGCUCAUGCUGGGAAUUGACAGCCAGUUCUGCACUGUUGAAGGCUUCAUCACUGCACUGGUUGACGAAUUCCCUCACGUUCUCCGAAAACGCAGAGAGAUCUUCAUCGCGGUUGUCUGCCUUAUUUCUUACAUUAUUGGACUGUCCAACAUCACACAGGGUGGACUGUACGUAUUCAAGCUAUUUGACUAUUACUCAGCCAGUGGAAUGUGCUUGCUCUUCCUCGUCUUCUUUGAGUGCAUCUCAAUUUCAUGGUUCUAUGGUGUGGACAAAUUCUAUGACAACAUUGAGGAAAUGGUUGGCUUUAGGCCCUGUCGGUGGUGGAAGGCCUGCUGGGUCGUGUUCACUCCACUCAUUGUGGCUGGAGUCUUCUUGUUUAGUGCAGUCCAGAUGGUUCCACUCACCUUGGGUGAUUAUGUGUUCCCUGCCUGGGGUCAGGGUGUGGGCUGGUGCAUGGCCCUUUCCUCCAUGAUGCUCAUCCCAGGCUACAUGGGCUACAUGUUCCUCACACUCAAAGGCACAUACAAAGAGCGUCUGCGGUUGAUGAUCAAGCCUGUGGUCAUUGUGAAGACUCAGGAAAAUGGCCCGGACCAGCAGACAGAAAACCACAGUCAGAACCCAGCUAAUGAGGAAGCCUACAUCUAGAAACCUUUGCCUUUCCCUGUGUCAACAGCCAGACUGGCAUUCUACUACAGAAAAGUGUAAUCAAGGUUGGGAACGACCACCAGACGUCCAUGUCUGCUUUUAUUCACCUACCUCCUGGGGACACGUGAGACCAACCUGAUUACACAGUUAUUUUUAGGGGAUUUUCUGUUUGUUUAUUUGUAUAAUACAGAAUUAUGGAACUUAAAAGGAAAAACAAACUAUCCAGCAAAGUUGUUGUGAUAUUAUGAAUUUCAUUAUGCAAAAAAAAGUUAGUCAGACAGAGACAUAACGUAGGACAUUACUCUCUCUUGAAUAUAUAUAA